GCUCUGAUUCUGCUUGGUGCGAUGGAAAACGAUAAAUUUUCCGAGAAAAUCUAGAAGGUAGCGCGAAGAUUCGGAUCGACUUCAACGAAGGAAGAUCUCUCUUUAUCGUUCUAGAGAAAAGCGACAGCUGAUUUAUAAUUGAUUCGGAGUUCACUGAGUCCACAUUGAUUCGAGUUUUAUCCUAUGAAAACCUAAUUCUCUGGUCUCUGUAUCUCGUCUGAUUCAACGAAUCAGAUGUAUUGAUCUGAUUCUUUUUCAGACCGGAAUUUUGGUUCCUUUCGAGAUUUCUUCAGCAGAUUGGUAGGCAAAUAAUUUCCUAGUUACUCUCUACGUUGAUUAUUGGAAUCAAGGUGUCGGCUUUUUGUGAUCCCGACUCGAGAGAAAGCAGUUGAGGGUUUUGAAGAAUGGGAAGGCCGUUGUUUUAUGAUGUCCUGGAAAAGCCUGCGACGAGCUGUAUCAUAACAUUAUGUAGUGUUGUAUGGUUCGUGAUUCAGAAGAAGAGUAUUGGAUAUGCCCAAGUGGGGUUGAGCUAUGAAAACGCAGUGGAAGGGCACUACUGGAGGAUUAUCACUUCGGCAUUCUCACAUAUCAGCGUCUUGCAUCUUGUCUUCAACAUGAGUGCUUUGUGGAGUCUUGGAGUUGUGGAACAACUCGGACAUGCCGGUCUUGGAGCCGGUUAUUACCUGCAUUACACUCUUGUCCUUAUUGUCUUGUCCGGUGUUUUGGUUCUUGGGAUCUACCAUUUGUUGAUCGUGAGAUUUAAGGUUGAUUAUUUUAGGAGAGUUACUGCUGUUGGGUACUCCUGCGUUGUUUUUGGGUGGAUGACGAUUCUCUCUGUGAAGCAACCCUCUUCAAAGCUGGAUCUUUUUGGGUUUCUGUCCCUUCCCAUUAGUUUUGCACCCUUUGAAUCACUCGUUUUCACGUCGAUUAUUGUUCCACAAGCCAGUUUCCUGGGACAUUUGUCAGGAAUCCUUGUCGGGUAUGCCAUAUCUUGGGGUAUGAUUGGUGGGAUGAAUAACUACUGGGCUCUUACCAUGUUGGGUUGGAUAGUAGUGGUGUUUGUUAUCAGUUUGAAGAAGUCUGGUGCUUAUGAUGUCAGAUUUCUGGAGAUUGAAUCGGUUACUGAUCCUUCUUUGCCUUCAGUGCGGUUUGUUGGAAAUGGCCGAACCUUGCGAAUGAGUGCAGUUGCUGUCAGUGGACUGGAGAUCGUUUAGUCUAAAUUACAUGAUUGCUGUUGCAUCCCGGGAGAUAUGUACUCGAAGGUCAGACGGUGUAUUGUUUCUACUGACGACAGAUCUGAAAUAUCAAGAGAGAGAGACUGAUCCCUCAGCUGGGUAAGAGUUUCCAGCCAUGGCUCCUUCAGGCUUUGCUUGAACUCUCUGUGGACAGGUUUGAUGCAUAACGAGGUGUCUCUGCCCAUCUGCUUGCAAUUGACAUAUAUACAGUCGGGAUUUCUCGGUCAUUAUAAGAAAGAUUGGUGAGAUAAGAGAAUUGCCAUGUCUUUCAUGUAUAGUGAAGGGGUAUGGUCUCAUGUUAAAGAUGCACCAUUUCAUGAGUAACCUGUUUCUCCAUGUCGUAUGUUAGAUUUGACCAUUUUGUUCAUAGUUCCACCCACGAAUGUACAAACUAAAGCGUCUGUCGCUGAAUCUUCUCGUCUGUAAAUUUUAAUUUUUUUGCAAA